GUCCUGACCCGCCCCUCCACCCCGCAGCACGGCGCCAACGUGAACGCGCAGAUGUACUCGGGCAGCUCCGCGCUGCACUCGGCGUCGGGCCGCGGGCUCCUGCCGCUGGUGCGCACGCUGGUCCGCAGCGGCGCCGACAGCAGCCUCAAGAACUGUCACAACGACACGCCGCUCAUGGUGGCGCGCAGCCGCCGGGUCAUCGACAUCCUGAGAGGGAAGGCCACGCGGCCUGCGCCUGCGUCACAGCCAGAGCCCUCCCCUGACCGGAGUGCCACCACCUCCCCGGAGAGCAGCAGCCGCCUCAGCUCCAAUGGUCUUCUCUCUGCAUCACCAUCCUCCUCGCCUUCCCAGUCUCCUCCCAAGGAUCCCCUUGGAUUUCCCAUGGCUCCCCACAAUUUCUUCCUCUCUCCCUCAUCUCCACCUGCCUUCCUGCCCUUUGUCGGGGUCCUCCAAGCCCCUGGCCGGCCGGUGCCUCCCCCUCCAGCUCCAGGGGGCAGCUGAGAGGGAUGGGGGGGCAGAUCUUGGACUCAUGAGGAGGGACCUCCCUGCCCUUGAGGAGUCAGCCCUCCUGGAAACUGUGAAGAUCUCACUCUGCCCCCCCCCCCAAUCUUCGAACCAGGAUUUGCACAUGCAUUUGCCCCCUCUUUUGAGCACAGAUAUCCCCCCACCUCGUCUUCCGUCUUCCGCCCAGGACUCUUCCCCCUGUUCUCCUCAGGCACCAAUCUCCUGUCUGGAAUCCCACUCAAUCAUGUAUUUCCUUCUCCUCCCUCAGAGCUGGUGGAACCGGGGAACAGCUGCUCCCUCUGCCCUCCGCCCAUGAGGAGGGAGAGACGGGACUGCAGCGGGGCACUUAUGACGAUGUAAAUUAUUAGGCAUUUUUGGUUGGAUUUCUUUUGUAAUAAACUAUUUUUGUAACAUA